AUGUCAAAUCAAAUUAAAGUUCUCAUGGAGAACGUGGCAUGGUGCAUUAAUUGGAUUCCGAUGUGGCAAACUAUCAACUCGUUGAAUCAGUACUUUUCAUAUUUACAGCUGGUGAAGGCAAGUGAUUACUUAUUCACUUAUUUGUGUAUGUUACCGGUAAACAAAAUUUUCUUCUUUAAGACGAUGUGGAUUGUACAAGGUCAGCUCUUUUAUGAAACGCUCGCCUUUCUUCAUAUCUAA